CCCACAAUGCUGACGUAAAUGCGCUGUUCAGGAAGUGAACACGUGGGUCAGUGGCUCCACGCUUCUAUACCGCUUCGGCUCAUUUAAGUUUCAGGUAGAAUUCAUCAACUUCUUUGUGAGUUUUCUAUAAAAAUGGCAGUCAGAGCUUCAUUUGAGAAGAACAAUGAAAUUGGGUGCUUUGCAAAGCUCACAAACACAUACUGCUUAGUGGCAGUCGGUGGCUCUGAAAACUUCUACAGUGUGUUUGAGGGUGAAUUGUCAGAAACAAUACCAGUAGUGCAUGCCUCCAUUGCAGGAUGUCGGAUCAUCGGGAGAAUGUGUGUGGGAAACCGUCAUGGACUUCUUGUACCCAACAACACAACAGAUCAGGAGUUGCAACACAUAAGAAACUGCCUGCCAGAGUCUGUACGCAUUCAGAGAGUGGAGGAACGGCUGUCUGCACUUGGAAACGUCAUUGCAUGCAAUGACUAUGUGGCUCUCGUUCACCCAGACCUUGACAGAGAAACAGAAGAGAUUCUAGCUGACACCCUAAAGGUGGAGGUGUUUAGACAAACUGUGGCUGAGCAAGUCUUGGUGGGUAGUUACUGUGUGUUUAGUAACCAGGGGGGGCUUGUUCACCCCAAAACAUCUAUUGAAGACCAAGACGAGCUGUCCUCACUACUGCAAGUGCCUUUGGUUGCUGGCACUAUAAACCGUGGUAGUGAGGUGAUUGCUGCUGGUAUGGUGGUGAAUGACUGGUGUGCCUUCUGUGGUUUGGAUACAACAAGCACAGAGCUGUCCGUCAUUGAGAGUGUAUUUAAACUCGGUGAAACACAGCCAAGUGCCAUAGCCACCAGUAUGAGAGACUCCCUUAUUGACAGUCUGACAUAAAUGCAGCAUGGUUUUAAAGUGGACAAGUCUGAAGAUGACUACCAUCAAGUUAAACGUUUUAUGCCUCUUCCACAGGACACUCUUUGUACCAUAUAAAAUGGUUUUGUAUUGUAUAAACAUGUGAUGUCAACCUAAAGUUAUUGUCAACUAUCAUGACAAAAUCUCUGAUCUGUUUUUAUGCAAGGUAAGAGCAAGAGCUGUCUACCUGGAGUACUUGCUGUGAAGCUGUACUUUAUCACUUUCAUUGUGUGAAUGUAGUGUAUUAUUAAUAAAGCCUUGCAUUAUUAACACUUACAAUUGUAUGGAUCUAUGAUAAAUCUGAAGGAAACUUGGUUUGGCCAUUAAUAAAUAAAAUGUGAAAUUUAGCGUUUUACAUACUCUGUAAACUUUAUACAUGUACAACUGUUUUUGUGUGUUUAUUAUCAUGUAAAUUCUGACAAUCUGUGGCCCUGGCCAGGAAAAAGUGGUUGAGCAAAAUGAAAUUAAAUGAAAUAAUUGAUCA